AGAUUACCAAACGAAGAGGACUUUGAAAAUACCAGAAAUAUUUACGGACAGAUGAUGGAACGAACGAGGGAAAUGGGGUAUUGUUCAAAACCAAUUGCUAGCACCUAAGGACCCAACAUCCACACAAACACCACACAAGAUGUUCAACUUUAUGAAGAAGAGCGCCGGCGACGACGACAAGGAGCGCCGCAAGCGCGAGAAGAAGCUGCGCAAAGAGGCUAAGGGCACCAGCUCCGGCAGCGGUAUCGGAGGCGUUGGCGGCGUCACCGGCAGCAUGAGCACCGACGAGUUGCUCCGCCUGGACGAGGUGCGCCGCUCGCUCAAGAUCCGCGGCCGGCGCAAGGAGAAGGAGAAGCUACCCAGUGGCAUUACGGCGGAUUAUAGUGCUGAUUUCUUUGCCGCCCUGAAUGCGGAUUCUAGCGCCAACGGCAGUAAUGGAGGAGCUUCGACUGGAGGUCCCGAACAGGAUCGUGGCAAUGAGGAGAUUGUAGCAUCUGUGAUGACCCACAUCGAGAGCCGUUCGUCCAACGGCGCCGGCGUGAGUGUCAACUACAGUGAGGUCACACAUUCCCUGCUGGCCGGCGGCAAGAAUCGCUUUUUACCGCCUGUGCCGCCGAAGCCGCCUAAGCGCGGAAUUCUAAAGGGAUCCCGUAGUAACAUGACCAAUGUACACGAGGAAAUCACCUUUACGGGUGGCGGAGGAACCCCGGAGAUGCUCGUGCGCAAUACCAUGCAGAACGAACUGCUGGCAGCUGGCUCAAUUGGCUCGAAUUCCAGCCAGCAUGGCACCUCCUUCACCUCCGUGGAGAGCCUCCGCAGCGACGGCGAGCAGCCGGGCGUCCACCAACGGGCCAUGACCCUGCCGGCAAACGCUCGCUAUGGAGCUGCUCCGCAAGCUACCAGCCAUCUGCAUGUGCUCACCUCGCCGUCACCCAGCGCCGAUAGUCUCACAGAUACCACAAACUCCUCGUUCGCCACGCCACCCUUCUCCCUGAGCCCAGUCGGCGAGUCUCAGGGAAUCGAUCGCUGGGCACGCGUUCAUGCUUUCGAGGAUGUGGAGCUGCCGCUGCCGCCAGUGCAACUGGUGCAGCUACCACCACCCAGACAGCUGAUCAUCCGACGACAGAAGUCGCCGAGACAAGAUUUCGGCUUUAGUCUACGAAAGGCCAUAUGUUUGGAUAGAACCGAGUCCCUGAUGUCGCCCAUCUUUAGGCCGGUGAUUUUCGCCGAGCCUGGUGCUGGAGGUGGAGCUACUGGGCUUCUGCCCGGCGACCGCCUCAUUAAGGUGAACGGCACUUCAGUGGGGGAGUUGUCACGUGAAAUAAUUAUAGAAAUGAUACGAAACAGCGGUGAUGCCGUCACUGUAGAGGUCCAACCAGUGGCCGAGUUGGUGGAGCUUAGCAAGCGCUGUAUGGCACCCAGUACAGCCACCGUGGAGGAGAUCGAUCAUUCCAUUACCAACGACAACUGCAACACCCUCCGGCGCAGUGCCAGCAAGCGUUUCAAACGUCAGAGCCGCCAUGAGAACGGCAACGGACUAGGCGGACUAGGAGGAGCCGGCGAGGGCGGCGCAGGAGGAGCGUCCCAUGAUCUGGAGGCGGACGUGGCAGAUGGCAGCCAGCCGGAGCGUGUGUGGCUGGUGCAUCGCGGCGGCUUCACUGCCGCCAUUCGUCUGCCAACGGCCGCAUCUGGACGGGACGAGGAGCAGCACAAGGUGAGCCUCCGCCUGAUGCACAAUGGGGAACAGCUGACCGUCGACGAGGACGAUGUCGAGAAGCAGAACAGCCCGGCCCUGGAUCUGGCCGAGGAUAUUUGCGAGCUGAAGUAUCUGAACGAGGCGUCGGUGCUGCACUGCCUCCGCCAGCGAUACGCCAGCAAUCUCAUCCACACCAAGGCGGGGCCCACGCUGCUCGUGGUCAAUCCCAUGGCCCCGCUUUCCCUCUACUCCGAAAAGGUUGUCUCCAUGUUCCGCGGCUGCAAGACGGAGGACAUGCCGCCCCACGUCUACUCACUGGCCCAGACCGCCUACAGGAGUUUGGUUGAGACGCGGCGCGACCAGAGCUUGAUAUUCAUGGGCCGGUCUGGCUCUGGCAAAUCCACCAGUUUCAAGCAUGCUCUCAACUACCUGGCGUUGGCAGCUGGAGCCUACAACAACUUCAUCAAUGCAGAGAAGGUCAACGCCCUCUGUACGAUUCUGGAGGCCUUUGGCAAUACAAAAACUUGUCUCAACUCCAACGCCACUCGUAUGACGCAGCUGCUUAGCCUGGAUUUCGACCAGACUGGCCAAAUAGCAUCCGCCUCGCUGCAGGUCCUACUGCCAGAACGUCAGCGAGCUGGACGCCGUUUAGCCCACGAACAUAGCUUCCAUAUUAUGACGCGGCUCUUGGCUGGAGCCGCAGGCUUGUUGCAGAAGGAGCUGCAUCUGGAAAACAUCUCCUCGGAGGACAGUCAUCCGUUCAUUUCACUUUCGCAGAAGCUGGAGGAUCGCCACAGAGCCGCCAAUGAUUUCAUGCGCACUGUGGCUGCCUUUGAGACUCUAAACAUUGAUGCGAAGGCAGUGAGGGGCAUCUGGAGCAUUCUGGCAGCCAUUUACCACCUCGGCAUCGCGGGAGUCACAAAGCUGGGAGUGGGGUCGACGGCGCGCACUCAGUUCGCCAAUCCCACGGCUGCCCGCAAGGCGGCUGGGCUGUUGGGCGUUAAUCUGGAGGAUCUGUCGUCGGCUGCCUUUGGUCUCACACAACCGAAUGCGCCAAACGGCGGCCUGAGUCCCUCCAAGUCGCCCACCUCGGACACCGGACACGAGUGGGCCUGGGAGUGCCUGGAGGCGUUGGUCAUUGGCCUGUACUCGGAGGCCUUGGCUGCAGUGGUCGCCUUGAUUAAUCGACAGAUCUGCACCUCGGCCCACACCAUAGCUUCGAUAAUGCUCAUAGAUACGCCUGGCUUCCAGAACCCCGCCAGUUGCGGCCAGCAGGUGGGCGCAACUCUGGCCGAUUUGCGUCACAAUUAUUUGCAGGAGCGCCUACAGAUGCUCUUCCAUCACACCACCCUGGUGGCGCCGCGCGACAGGUACGCCCAGGAGCUGGUGGAGAUCGAGAUGGACCAUGCCUCGGAGUGCCAUCCGGGUCCGCUGAUUUCGCUGAUUGACAAGGCGCCCCAGAACCAUGUGGUGCGUUCUUCGCAGCGAGACUUACGAGAGCACGAUCGCCGGGGAAUGCUAUGGCUCCUUGAUGAGGAGGCAAUCUAUCCAAACUCCAACGACGACACAUUCCUUGAACGUUUGUUCUCGCACUACGGUGACCGGGAGCAUCACACGCUGCUGCGCAAGUGCGCCGGUCCCCGCCAGUUUGUGCUCCACCAUCUGCAGGGCACCAAUCCCGUACUCUAUGCCGUGGACGGCUGGGUUAGGAACAGUCGCGAGCAUCCCGGCAUUAGGAAUGCGGUUUCCCUGCUGCAGGACAGCAGCCGGGAGGAGAUCAACCGCCUCUACAUAGGCUCUCUGACUCGUGGCUCGGGAGCAAUGGUCUUCUGCGGCUCGUUUGCCGGGCUAGAGGGCACCCAGUCCCUGCGCCGAGUCUCCAGCAUUCGCAGAUCCUUCACCACAGCCGGCGUCAAGCGGAACUCGAUCAUGCUGCAGGUCAAGUUCACGGUGGAUGGAAUCAUUGAUACGCUGCGCCGCACAGGCACCCACUUUGUCCAUUGCUACUUGCUGCAACACAAUGCUGGGAAGCAUGUUAAGUUCACGGCCAACGGAUCCCCCAGCUCGGCGGCGGGUCAGGCCUCCAGCGAGGAGGAAAUGGUCAAUGUGCCACUACUAAGGAGUCAGCUACGUGGCUCGCAGGUUCUGGAGGCUGCUCGUCUGCAUCGCCUGGGCUUCCCAGAGUCAGUGCCCCUAUUGGAGUUUGUGCGUCGCUUUGGUCUCUUGGCCGGAGACUUGGCUAGCAACAAGGACGUGAGUGUGGAGCAGAUACUGUCAGUCAAUGAAUUGGACGUAGCCAGUUACCGCAUUGGACCUAGUCAGAUCCUUUUCCGUUCUGGAGUUCUCAGCGAACUGGAAGCCAAGCGCGAUGUCCUGCUCUCCGAUCGAAUCAUACAGCUGCAGGCCUUCUGCCGGGGAUAUCUGGCCCGCAAAAAGAUGUCCCAGCGUCGUGUGCAGGAACUGGCCGUUCGCUGCAUUCAGCGCAAUGUUAAGGCCUUCCUGGCCGUCCGCGACUGGCCCUGGUGGCGCCUCCUGGUCCGGGUCACGCCCCUCCUCAACGUCCACCGCACCGAGGAGCAACUGAAGACCGCCAACGAGGAGCUCCUCAUGCUGCGCGCCAAGCUGGAGAAGAUCGAAUGCGAUCGCAGCGAGGUCAAGGCGGAGAACCAAAAGUUGGAAGCCAAGCUAUCCGAACUGACGGUGGACCUGGCCGAGGAGCGCUCCACGGCGCACAUCGCCACCGAGCGGCUGGAGGCGGAGACCGCCGAACGCCUGAAGCUGGAGAAGGAGCUGGGCGACCAGGCCAACAAGGUGAAGAACCUCCAGGAGACCACAGAGAAACUGGAAAUGGAACUGAUAUGCGCCAAGUCCGAUUUGAAUGGUAUCUCCGAGGACGAGGAUGCGGAGAACGAGGACGGCGGCGUGGGUGGCGGCGUCUACAAGCUCAAGUACGAGCGGGUGGCCCGGGAGCUGGAGUUCACCAAACGGCGUCUGCAUACGCAGCACGAGCACGAUCUGGAACAGCUGGUCGGGCUCAAGAAGCAAUUGGAGAAGAAGCUUUCCGAUGCCUACGAAGAAGUUGAGGAGCAACGUCAAGUUGUGGGCCAAUGGAAGCGCAAGGCUCAGAAGAUGACCAACGAGAUGAACGAUCUGCGCAUGCUGCUCGAGGAGCAAAAUGCCCGAAACAAUUUGCUCGAGAAGAAGCAGCGCAAGUUCGAUGCCGAGUGCCAGUCCCUGCAGGAUGCGGCUCGCCAGGAGCGCCAGGCCAAGGAGCGCUACGGCCGCGAGAAGGAUGUCCUGCAGGCCGAAAAGUUUACGCUGGAGCAGACCCUAGCGGACACCCGCUUGGAUCUGGACCUUAAAGAAGAAAAACUAGCUUCGCUACAACGCGAACUGGAGGAAAUGACCUUUGGCGGCGGAACUGAAGAAGAGUUCGCCCAACUGCGGCGCUCUAAGAACGAAACAGAACGCCGAGCCAAGGAGCAGGAGGAGGAACUAGAUGAGAUGGCCGGGCAGAUACAACUGCUGGAGCAGGCCAAACUCCGUCUGGAGAUGACACUGGAGACCAUGCGCAAAGAGGCACGCCGCGAAUCCCAGCAGCGAGAUGAGGAGCUGGAAGAAGUUCGCGGCAAUGGCUACAAGAAGAUCAAGGCUUUAGAGUGCCAGUUGGAGACGGAGCAUGAGGAGCGAACAUUGUUGCUUCGUGAGAAGCAUGAGCUGGAGCGACGCCUAUCCUCCAUGGAGGAUCGCGAUCGCGUUGACCGCGACGCCGAGGAGGCAAUGAACCAGAAGCUGCGUCGUGAUCUCCGCAAAUACAAGGCCCUGCUCAAGGAUGCCCAGACACAGCUGGAGCGGCUCAAGGCGGACACACCGGGCAAGACACUCAUCCGCCAGCUGCGCAAUCAGCUGGAAGACGCCGAAUCCGCUCGAUCCCUGGCCAUGAAGGCCCGCCAAACAGCCGAAGCGGAACUUACCGAGGUCCAGGCCAUGUUCGAGGAGUCACAUCGCGCCCGGAACGAUGCCGAGGAGCGAGCCAAUGCGGCCCACAGGGAUCGCGCCGAGCUGCAGGCUCAAAUCGAGGAGAACGAGGAGGAGCUAAGCGAGCUGAUGAAGAAGUACAGUGCCACCGUCAAGCAGCUGAAUACCGAGCAAAUAAAUGUUUCCGAGGCCGAGUUCAAGCUCAACGAAAUGGAGGCCGAACGGAACAAUCUCAAGGAGCAGGUUGCUGAGCUGCAGCACCGCCUGGAUAAUGUGGAAAAUAUGGGCGAUCCAUCCAUGGCCAUGAUGUCGAAGAGAUUGGAGCUGCGCACCAAGGAGCUGGAAUCCCGGCUGGAAUUGGAGCAGGCCACUCGGGCGCGUCUGGAAGUACAGGUGACCCGUCACAAGGAGGCCCUGGAGAAGCUGCAGAAUGAGGUGACGCAGUCAAAGAUGCGUGAAAUGCAGGCCCAGGAUGUGCUCAAGAAGUCGCAAAAGAGUCUGCGCGAUAUGCGUGAGGAGUACCACACAGUGUCCAGUCGCGAGCAGGAGUCCCUGACGCGGCGCAAGGACCUCGAAAAGAAGAUGGAGCAAAUGGAGUCUGAGGGGGCGGCCCUGAAGAACGACCUCCGGCUGGCACUGCAGCGGAUAGCCGAUCUGCAACAGGCCAUGGAGGAGGAGGGCGAAGAGGAACUAAGCGAAAGUGACGAGAGCAUCAGCUCUGUGGGCUCCAUCAGCGACCUCGAGGAGCGCCUGCGACCCGUGCACGUGAAACGCAGCUCGCAGCAGUCGCUGAAUGGAAGCAUCGGUGGUGGUGGAGGCGGCGGCACUGUUGUCAGCACCACUCGCACCGUGGUCUAUGAAAAGGACGACAACAGCCCUAGAAUAACAGUGACGUCGCCAUCGUCGCCGCACAUUCAUAAGCUGGCACUGGCGGCCAAAGCCAUACCGGACCCAGAGCCGGACACAAAAACUGCAGCUGCAGCGGAAUCAGCAUCAGCACCAGCGACCAGGAUGGGAUCAGUAGCAGGAUCACUAUCAGUGCCAGCGGCGGGUCAGCCGUAGAGAUCCAUCCAUGUUGCAGCUCUUGUACUUUGUAAUUUUUUUUAUUAUUUGAAUAUUUAUUAGUUGUUUAUCAUUAUUAUUUGAUUACUGUUUAGUUCAAUAUGUUUAAUUAUUUAUUAUCGGAAUAUAGCUACAUGAUAUAUAAUAUAUAUGAUAAAAUAUGAUUCGAACCCAAUACGCAUUCGAUAGCAAUGCUGAAUCGUAGUUAAUUUAAUUUGCGCGACAGUCCCUAAACAAAGUGAUUAACAUGUUUUUAUCUCUCUCAAAAACAGACAAGAAAAAAAGAAAAGGAAAAACGAUUACUAACACCUAUAGCCUAUAUAGAAUAUAGUCCAUUGUCCUAUAGCCAACUUAAAUAAAUUAGUUAAACGCGUUUCAAAAUCAUAGGCAAGUAUAUGCGAGUGCAGUAAAUUCAAUGUUUUACGGAUUUAAAUCCCACAUAAUCGAGUAUUUUAUGAAGUAACUCUUAUUCUUAUACGAAUCUUAUCAUCCAAAUCGUAACAUCAUCAAUUAAACGGCAACUAGCUUCAUUCAUUCACUCAUCAUCAUCGUAUAUACGGAAAAUUAUAAAUCCCAAUAAGUAAAGAAACCACAAUAUAUAUUGGCAUACAAAAUUUUGCAGAUAUCGUACAAUAAAGGGAACGAUUUAUUAAAAUACUUAUAGAAAACUAACAAAUCGAAGAUCCACAAAUAAAUAUAUUGUUAUAAAACUCAAAAA